AUGUGUGUCGUCGGCAGGUACUGGCGAGACAUUGAUGCCUUCCAGGAGUCUUUGAGACAAUCAAAGGGCAAGCCUGCAUACAACUUCUACGAUGGUCCGCCCUUUGCCACCGGCCUGCCGCACUAUGGACACAUCCUUGCUGGCACAAUCAAGGCUGGGGAAGAGAGUACUUUCGCCACUGCAACUUCACAAUGGAAAGCCGAUGAAAGCCGAUACGGUCCGGCACUGAUUCUGAAGGACGUGGUGACGAGAUACGCUCAUCAGCGAGGCUACCACGUUGAGAGAAGGCCUCGUUUGCUCAAGCACAUCUUCCACCCUGCCAAUCAUUGGCAAACUUCUGAAGAAGUGCAAUGUGUUCAAUCCAGUUUGAAACUGAACCAGGGACUUAUUCCGCUCAAAAACGUUGAACAGAAGCUUGGCCUUGCGAAGCGCUUCAAUUUUGCCAAGGACUUUUCAGUCACUGGUCCGAAAGCUGGACAACUGGUCAGCACUACGCAUAUUGACUGCGAGUUGGUGAUACCCGCCACGCAGGAGGUCUUCACCCUGCCCUUGCAAGUUUGCACGAAGGUUGAGGACUUGAACAAUGCACUGUCUGCAAAGCUGGGGUAUAUCCAGCAAGAUGAAAUCGUCUUUGUCGUGAAGCAAGGCUGCACUUACAGGCGCUUGCAAAACUCUGACCAGGUGAGGAAAAGGAUGUCCGUGCACGGGAUCAAAUCGUUUAAGCCGCCCCGGCAUCAAUAUCCGCAUCCGUACGCUAUCAUUGGGGCUGGUUACAACGGGAUCAAGACUGCUCUGUAUUUGUUGAGGGAUGGCCAGAAUGACUUCACUAUCUUUGAUCGCUAUGAUAAGGUCGGUGGUCAUGCAUGGCUGGAAAGUGCAAACAAGACCACCAGGCUUCAGACGGAAUUUGCGACCUACCAUGUCUGGUUUGGUCAGGAGUGGUCCUCGUUGGGCUGCACAAAGUGCGGGGGUCCUCCAGUGGAUUGGGAACCUUGGCCUUGCAGAGAUCGCGUGGUCGAACACUUCGAGCUGUGUGCUCGGGAGUAUGGUAUUUAUGCACAUUGUCAACUCAGCGUGGACGUGGAGUCUGCAGAUCUGGUUGGCAGAGAGAAGAAAGAUGAUCGAUAUUAUCAACUGAGUUGCCGGCCAGUAUUGCCACAUCGCAAGGACACGCAAGGAGGCGAGAAGUUGGAGCAUCACAAGAACGCCACGGAAGCUGGAUAUGCGGGUGCCUUCAAGCCUGACUCGAAGCGGAAACCCUUUGUUUUCACCUGCUCCUGCUUCUGCAUUUGGCCUGGGAACUUGAUCAAUCCGCGGCAAGUUGAAUACGUUGGAGAGGAUCUAUUCAAUGGAUUCAUCGAAUAUGGUGUGGAGAUGAGAUGCGACUACCAAAAUGUGGUUGCGAAAAAUGUCAUCAUCCAUGGGCAUGGUGCCUUUACCAUGGAGAACAUUCGCACUUGCUGCGAGUAUGGUGCGAAGCACAUCUGGGUAGUAUGCCGCAAGCGAAAUUUGACAUGCCCCAGAGUGGUCUCAUGGUUUAUCAACCAGGCCAGUCCAGCAAUUACGGCAGCGCACUGCUUGAAUCUUCUACAAGUGGCGUACAAGCUUUGUGAUUAUGAUCCAUGGGAUAUGCAUUCCGUCAGUUGCAAUGCCUCACGGACAAAUGCUUCUGUAGCUCAGAGAACACGUUUUGGCAUCGGUGACAUCUACUUCCUUUCUGCGGCAUAUGGAUUGAUGGAGGUCGUUGUGGACAACAUCAAGAGGUGCAGUGCCAAGACCGUCCAUUUGGAAAGCGGAAGAAAGUUGGAAGAUGUGGACGUGAUCUUGAAAUGUGUUGGCAUGUUGCCAGACUCCACAGUCGACAAAGUGGUGAAGGCCAAGUUCAUGCGAGGCUAUUGGAUCAAUGGCGAUCCACGUCGCUUCAGUUGUGCUGAUCCUGAUGGGAUUUAUGCCUCGAACUUUUCCGGGACCACCAUUGGCCCAGGAGCUUACAGUUACAUUGCGAUGAUGAAACAUGUGUGGGACUGCCCCAACGAAUGGAUUCAGCUGGAUGAAGCUGGUCAUCUCAAUCUGCCACUGCACUAUGCUGGUGAUCCAGAUCCAGACUCACCGGCAUAUUUCAUCAACGCCAGGUACAAACAUUGGGUGGCACAUUAUUGUUGCCCUGUGGAGAAGCUUCUUGAAGCAGCGCUAGCAGAGUGGGAUGACUACGAGAAAAGUUUCAGGGAAAAAGGCAUGGUGCCUAAAGAUGCUCCCUACAUUCCGUAUCCAUACACCAAACAAUACAUUGAAGAACAGUACGAGGUGCACAAGAAGGAUACAUCCCAAGUCGCGAAGUGA